CGCUCAGAAACUGAGACCCUCCAUCUGCUGGGCAGUACAGUAAACACAAGAACAGCAGCAGCUGGUUGAACUUGGGUACCACAUCAGAGGAGAUGCUUCUGCCUUUGUAGUGGACCAAGGGGAAUGUUGCAGUUGGUCUUUUAUUUCUGAAUCCUCUGUGGUUUAUUCUACUAGCUUCAAGUUUUCUUGGGUGGAAGGGAAAGAGCUUAAACCACAAGGUGUCCAUCCUUCUAUUUUUCUUCCUGGAGCCACUGGCCACAUUUUGGUGAAGUUGUUUUGUCCGUCACCCCCGAUUCGAAGGAGGAUUGCUAUUCUGCAUUUAAAAAAAAAAAAAAUAAAAAUUUUUUUUUAGGUGUUUGCUUUUCUCUUGGACGGGGACAGUAAAAAGUUGUCAAGACGCCGCGUGCCGUGCUCCGCGUGAAAAAUGCCCCGGCCAGGUUGGCAAAGCCGACGCCGGACCCGGCACCCACCCCGGGCUUAUACAUGGAGCGCUCGCAGAGUCGGAUCAGCUUGUCUGCCUCCUUUGAAGCACUGGCUAUCUACUUUCCCUGUAUGAACUCUUUCGAUGAGGAUGAUGGUGAAGCAGAUGGCCGGAAACUCCGAAGUGGCAUUCAGAGAAGUACAGAGACAGGACUUGCCGUGGAGAUGCCCAGUCGAACUGUAAGACAAGCCAGCCAUGAGUCUAUUGAAGACAGCAUGAAUAGUUACGGGUCGGAAGGAAACCUGAACUAUAGCGGUGUCUGCCUCGCUUCAGAUUCUCAGUUUAGCGACUUCCUGGAUGGCAUGGGACCUGCACAGUUUGUCGGAAGGCAGACGUUAGCUACGCCAUCAAUGGGAGAUGUUGAGAUUGGACUAAUGGAGAGGAGUGGGCAGCUGGAGGUGGAAAUCAUUCAGGCUAGAGGCUUAACCCCUAAGCCGGGCUCCAAAACGGCACCAGCUGCCUAUAUAAAAGUCUACCUGCUGGAGAAUGGGGUCUGUGUUGCCAAAAAGAAGACAAAAUCUGCUCGCAAAUCACUCAACCCCCUUUACAACCAGGUGCUCGUGUUUUCUGAAAGUCCGCAGGGCAAGAUUGUUCAGGUCAUUGUCUGGGGAAAUUAUGGCCGAAUGGAUCGCAAGUGUUUUAUGGGGGUUGCCCGGAUCUUAUUAGAAGAGCUGGAUCUGUCGAGCCUAGUGAUUGGUUGGUAUAAGCUUUUCCCCACCUCUUCAAUGGUGGACCCCACCAUGGCUCCCCUCAUCCGCCACUCAUCGCAGCUGUCCUUGGACAGUACAGUGAGCCCCUGUUGUGAUCGAUCCUAACAGUGCAGAGAAGCUGAGGACUCCUUUUUUAAUGUGUUUCUGUCUGCGCCGGAGACUUAGCUCCUUAGCACGAUGCAUGCUUGAUUGGUUUCUCCAAAGUCCUCCUGUUCACCGGGUGCAGAGGGAAGAGAAGAGAAGGAGAGACCUGCAGCCCCUGGACUUGGACAAUCCCAAUGCUGCUCUGAUUGCAGGCUCUUAGAUGAGGUUAAGUGAUUUAAUAUCUGGGCGCACUUUGCUGUAUUUUGAGUAUUGGAGUGACUGCCUCACUGUCUGACUGACGCCAGAGGUGAUUAAUAUCUCAAACUGCAAGCGUGUCUUUUUAUUGAUGUAGAAUAAAUGUAGGGAACCUCUUUGUAGACGAGCUUUCUUCCAAUUAAAAAUAUAACAUCAGGAAUUAUUCAAUAUGUAUCGAUAAACAAUAAGCUAAACACAGUGUUGUUUAAUUAAUAGAGCGUUUUUCUUUGAAUAUUUGUUCAAUUCUUGUUUGUUUGUAAUUUGUUCUGUGGCCUGGCCACAACGACUCUUUCAGCUGGUGUCUUUGUAACAUGGAUCAGCAUGAGCAGUGGCCCAUGUUGCAUUUUAACUGUGCCAAUUUACCAGCAAGUGUCUUUAUGUUGUGGCAGCCAGGCUGUCGAAUCAGAAAUGGGGCGGGAUGGGGGAUACAUUUUUAAGACGCACCCAUGAAGACGUUGCAGGAGGAGCACUUUGAACAAAUGUUGUAGUCUGAAUGCAGUUAAAUAGCCGUGGCCUCCUUGCUUGUGAAGGGAGAGAGAAGCUUGUAUGCACUUGCCAUGGUUACUCCAGGAACAUUGAGUCACAGAGCCCCUAAUGGGUCGCAUGCAGACAUUAGAGCAGGUAGGUUUGGGUGUUGGAAUGUUUUCUGUGAAAUGGGCUAACACUGGUGGCAUUGGGCCACAAUGAAUGUUUUAAUUUUCCAGGUUAUUUUUACUGAGUCUAACUCUCUUGAGGUUAGAUGUAUAUUUAGAAAGAGACAGCAACUUAGACAAGAAGAACUUUGUUAGGGUAGUAUCAGUAAUAGCAGUAGUACUAAUAAGCAUGCAGUAUGUUCUUGUAUUUUGAAGAAACCCACUGAUGAGAAGCAUGACAAUUGAGGCAGAAGACUGUGGUGCAGCACUGAGGAUUUCAUUAUUGACAGCUGAGCUGCAGACCUGGAGGGGAUUUCAAAUGUCACAGUAACUGUCAGAGUCAAAAUGUUUUAUAUAUUUAUGUAUAUAUUUAAAAAAAAAAAAAAAGCAAAAAAAGCGAUUCUUUCCCUUCUUUUCUUUUUCUGCUGAUGGGGAAAUCAAAUUAGAACUACAGGGAGCUGCAGUGUUUAGAAACACCAUGCACAAUUAAUGUUCAAAAAGUCAGCAUUCAUGUUAGAAUGAUAUGGGGCUGCUUAUUUCAGCUCCAGGAGGAAUGAUACUCUAUUUUAGACCACACCGAUUUUUUCAUUUGCAAUGCAUGACAGGAAAUAAAUAUAUCUCAUUCUCUAAACUAUACAGAGAGCAUAUAAAUAGGCAGCUCAAGAACAAAACGUUAUGAGACCACAAUGAAUGAUAUAUGCAAGUGAAAUCAGACCCACAGGAUUUAAAUUUACAAGAAUUUACUAUACUUCACAAAUCUUCUAAACUCUCCCACACACCCACUUCCCUCUUUACUAUAAAAUCUACAUAUGGCACAGUAUAUAAAUAGGGCUGGCGUGUUAAAUAAGGCAAAAGACGUGUAUGCCACCCCUUCAUCCCACUUACCUUUACUAAACAUGAGAUGAAACACUUAAUCCACAUACAAUACAAAUUGUGAAAUUAAACUCGACUGCAUUGCACUUCACACGCACGCUACUCUAAAUACUCUGGCACUUUGAAACUCCGUCCAGCUAGCUAAAAAGCGCUUGCCCUUUUACCUUUACACAUGCGCUGCCAACUUAAGAGACAUUUAACAGGCAUGCAACGUGCCACUGACACCUUAGUAACAUCACAAAAGACAUUAACAAAAUUUGAAUAAGCGAUCAUUCAUGUUAUGCACAAUACAAUAUGUGAAAACCAUGACAGCAAUAUCUCACACCAACCUCUGGCUUCAACAUGUUAGUGCAUCAUUUUGAUUCUCGACUGUGGAAACUAUGUGAAAGUUAAACAAUUUUACGUGAAACUAUUUCUCACAGUUUUUAAAAGGUAGUAUAUAAAUCAGACAUCAUGAAUGCGUAUGUAAUUCUUGAGAUUCAUAGUUAACUCUUAUUUUUUGUAAUAUUAUUUUGUGAUAUGAACCCUUUAAACUCAGCCCCAUUCUUUUCGACCUGCUGGCGAUACUGGACUAUAAUGCACAAUUUUUUAAGAACUGCAUAGAUUCAUUGAUUUGCUCAUUGCUGUAGUUAAAGUACAGUGUUUUGCCAUUAACAUGCCAUAUUGCAUACCUCGAUACCACUCAAAGAUGGGUGAACUGGUGUAACAGAGCGACAUCUUCCCUCAGAAAUAGUAGUUUUCUUGAUCAUCCUUAUUCAAUUGGGUAUAAUCUGAUCGACACACUGUUCUAUAUUAAAUGAGAGGGGUGUUUUCAAGUGACACCACAUUCCACUUUCUACAUUUUCCAUUUUCUACAUUUCAGAAUUGCAUUUAUUUACUUAUUCAUUUUUUUUGUAAAGAUGUUUUUGAAUCUUGUAACUAUUGCUGUUGUAAUUUGGAUCCAUAUUGCAAUUUCUUUACCAAAUAUAAACAUUCUGACAGAGUUAGAUCAUCCCUUCAAAAUGAUAUGUAGGCCAUGGGUCUUCAAUAAUGGAUACUAGUGGGCUUUGCCCCCUUCCUCGCUUCACUCGCCAACCCCCGUGCCAGCGCUACGCAUUGGCCUCUUUGCGGUUCUGCCGCUCACGUAUAGGGAUUCAGAUGUACAAUUUAAACAGAUUUUAAUUUUCAUUUUAAGAGUUACAUUUGCAUCAACGUGAUAUAUA